AUGGAUCAGGGUAUUUCAACAACCCAGCCUCAUAGCUUACGUGAGAGAGUUGUCCACCCUGAGUCAAUUGGGGGUCGUGAUACUCUGACUGAGAGCAGUGAUGACGUUUAUAAAGACAAGAAGACCUUUGGUCGCACACCCGAUGGAACAAUGUUCACCGUACCUCAGACCCAUGAUAUGGUAUCCCAGCUCUUAUUCCCCUCUGAGCCUAAAAACUUCGGUGAUGUUAUAGUUUUGGCUCUGUUGGCAGCGCAUAUCCUGUUGCUCUAUGCUCUUCCUGCCUGCGCCAAAGUGCCGGUCUGCGGUUUCGUCUACCUGGUGUGGCGCGCGGCUUAUAAUGGAGGAAUUGGAUGGCUGCUACACAAACAGUCGCACCACAAAACACUCAUUCGAUGGGCCAAAAAAACUAGUAUCUUUGUGAACCCGUCCACUGGGAAAAACCCGCAUCCUGCUUUGUACAACUGGAUCAAGAGGGAGCUAGAGAUCAAGAUCCCUCGCGAUUACUCAUUUGAGACUGCUCCAAUCGAAUUUAACACAUGGCUUGUCUUUAGGCGUCUUGUGGAUUUGAUCCUGAUGUGUGACUUCACGUCUUACUGCCUUUUUGCAAUAGCUUGUGCGCACCAGCCCACCGAUGAGACUUUGAUCAUGACCAUCCUCCGAUGGACUGCUGGUAUUGUGUUGGUCAUGUUCAACCUUUGGGUCAAACUAGACGCCCACCGAGUAGUCAAGGACUACGCCUGGUAUUGGGGCGACUUUUUUUAUAUCGUUGAGCAGAAGCUGACCUUUGAUGGCGUCUUUGAAAUGGCGCCGCACCCAAUGUACUCGGUCGGCUACGCAGGCUACUACGGAAUAUCCCUCAUGGCCGCCAGCUAUAAAGUCUUAUUUAUCUCCAUCAUUGCCCAUGCAGCUCAAUUCGCCUUCCUUGCGUUUGUCGAAAACCCUCACAUUGACAAGAUCUACAACCCGCCUCCUCCCCGAAAGCGACCAUCUGUGGAUUUCGACUUAGACAACCCAUCAGCGCCAUCUCCCUCCGAUGAAUCUUCACCCAAUGCACCAACAUCCAAUGCGACUACCUCAUACUCGGCUAAGCCUCCCCCGUCGGUCCACAACAUGCUCGGGUUACACAACUUGGAUCUUUUUAGAAUUACAGACUCGUCGAUCAUUCUCAUUCAACUGCUUGUAUUUGGAGUCACUGCUUUGAGCCCAUCGACUCCAUUGUACCAGGUUCUGUUCGUCGCCAAUGCCGUUGUAUGGCGUUUGUGGUUUUCUGUAGGCAUUGGGUACUUGCUCAACAAGCAGUCUAACAACAAAUCCUGGACCCGCCACUUCCUCAAGUUUGGUGAGAGUCCUUACGAGGCGUGGAACCAGUGGAAGGGCACGUACCACCAGAGUAUGAUCAUGUGCUACGCCAGCUUCAUUGCUGCUGUGUGGAAAAUGUAUACGUUGCCAACCGACUGGGGUUAUGGUUUGGUGUUGUUCCGACACGUUCUGGGAGCUGGCCUUAUCGGUCUGCAAAUCUGGACCUCUGUCAGUAUAUACGAGUCCCUUGGCGAAUUUGGCUGGUUCUACGGUGAUUUCUUCUUUGACGAGUCAGCCAAAUUGACAUAUAGCGGUAUAUAUCGUUUCCUCAACAACCCUGAACGUAUUCUGGGUCUUGCGGGUGUUUGGGGUGCUGUUCUCUUCACAAGCAGUAGAGCAAUCACUUUCAUUGCUCUGCUGAGCCACAUCGGGAGCCUUGGUUUUAUUCAAUUUGUGGAGCGCCCGCACAUGCAGAAGCUGUACGGCCGUAAACUGCGCCAGGAUGGGGGUGUGGUCAAGAACUUAAAAAGGUCUCUACCCCCAUCACUCAAGCAGCUGCAUGGUAGUGUCGAUAAGAUUUUCGAUGAUUCUUUUGAGUUCAUCGAGGAGAUCAUCGAAAACGCCCGUCCGAAACUUGCCGCCGGAGUCAACACGUUCGUCAAAGACACUACCGCUCUCUUCCAGAACUACCCUGCCCGCGUCACCAUCUCUCGUAUUGAUGCGGAACUGGCUGGCUUUGAUCUUAGCGACUAUUCGUUUUCUGUGGAGGGCGAUGGUGUCAAGUUCCAGCAGGAAGAGGAAUGUGAGCAGUUUAUGGGUCGCGAGGGUGCAAACGCCCGCAUGCCCUUGGAUCGCCGCGGUGGCCUGAAGAACUUGACCUUUGAAUACGGCUCCCCAAUCAAGGUCAAGUGGACAGCUCCGCUCAACCACAGCAAAAAGGACUGGAUCGGUCUCUACCGCGUCAUGGACAAUACUUCCCGAGAUGUCACUCAUGUCUCGUCACAGGGCCGCUGGAUCGCCACCAAUGAAGGUUCUUACGACAAUCUGACCUGUGAAAAGGGCAUCAUUUCCAGUGAUAUCAUCAUCAAAUCCUCUGGGCCUGACGGUCGGGAGCUUGCGUCCGGCGAGAUCGUUUUCUCUGGAGACAAGCUCUUCUGGACACAGGGCGUGUUCGAGCUGCGCUACCACCACAACGGAAUGCACAACGUCAUGGCUAUCUCACGGCCAUUCGAGAUUCGUAUCACCCACUUUGACGAAGGAGAUGUCCUUGAGAAUGAUGGUGUUGUUUCGACUUCUGUUGAAAAUGCCUUAUUGCCCGUUGUCCGCAGAUGUUUUGACCAUGAUCCUGAAAUUGCCCCUGCGACUGUGGAGGAACAGUUUGGCAGUCUAGUUGAACGCGAUGGAAAAUUCGCCAAACGUGUUGUCUUUGCAGUUCAUCAGAUGUUUGGUGUUGAAUUGGCUCCUGAGGUCGUCAAAGCCGAUGGCAACGUCAAGAAUCUUUCCUGGCGGAUUUUCAACGCAAAGAAAGUUCUGGUUAGUGAUCCUCUCAGUUCUGUUGACUCUCUUUCUGACCGUGUCUUCAAUCAGGCUCCCUACAGCAUGUCCCGGUCAAAUGGCAGAAACACGCCCGUUGAAGGAAAAUGA